AUGGCAAUUGUUAUAACCAAAAAUGGCACACUUACUAUUAUUGGUGCUCCAAGAUAUAAACACAGAGGAGUGGUGGUCGCUGUUAACAGACAAAGCUUUGAAAACCAAAAGAUUGAGCCCUUUUCAUCACAGUAUCAGACUGGUGAAUAUUUCGGGGCAGAGGUGUGUACCAUGGACAUAAAUAAUGAUGACAUCACUGAUCUAAUCUUCAUAUCAGCCCCAAUGUACAUGGAGCCUGAUAGAGAGGGAAGAGUUUAUGUUUGCAGACUAACUGGUUUGUUUGUGGAGUGUAAUUUUGAUGAUCCAUUAGUACUAAGAGGACAUGCAGCUGUCAAAGGAAGGUUCGGCUCUUCUCUUGCUGUGCUGCCUGAUCUAAACUCAGAUGGAUUCAGGGAUUUGGCAGUUGGAGCACCUUUGGAGAAUAAUGGUGAAGGCAGCAUCUACAUAUUCCACAGUGAAGGAGGAGGAAGAAUCAGUUCUACUUACUCACAGAGAAUAACUGGCUCUGAGGUCCAGUCAGGACUGAAGUUCUUUGGCCUGUCCAUCAGUCAGUCGUCUUUUGACCAGAGUGGUGAUGGACUUCCUGAUUUAGCGGUGGGUUCAAAGGGCACAGUUGUCUUACUGAGAUCAAGACCCAUAGUACUGAUUGAAGCUGACGUGUCAUUCAGCCCAAACCGAAUUCCUACUCAGAAUGUAGACUGCUCAAAACCAUUGGAGAACACAGCUGAAAUCUGCUUUACUAUGAGUACAAUAUCUACAGUCAACACAGCUCAAGUGAAGAUUAAUUAUACUUUAAUACUGGAUGCCACUCGCAAGCAUCCAAAAAACCGAGCUUACAGCAGUGGGAAACAACAAGAGGAGUCCGGAUCAGUUAUUAUUGACUUAAGAAGAAAAAAGUGUUCAACUAUAAAAUUUCUUAUUGAGGCCUGUCCAGAAGAUGCUCUUAAUGAACUUUCCAAUUAUCUUGAAUUUUUGUUUUAUGGGUUGCCCUCCAACACAAAUCUCAGACCAAGUCUUUCCCAGCAAGCUCAAACAACAACAAUUUAUCCAUUGAGGUUUGAGAUUAACUGCAGGACUGACAACAAAUGUGUUGAUAACCUGAAAGUGGAUUUCAAUUUCACCAGAUCCUCAGUGGUUAAAGUGGGCAUUGAUGAGCUUCUGAAUGUCACAGUCACAGUGGAGAACAGAGGCGAAAACUCCUACAACAGUCGUGUUAUUCUCACGUACCCAGCUGGACUCUCCUACAGGAAGUUCACCAUUCAGCAGGGAAGAAUUGAGUGCAACUCCUUGGACAGUGAAGAUGGUUUAUCACAAGGAAUGACAGACUGCACUAUUGACAAGCCAAUUUUCAAGAGCAAAACUGAGGCUUCCUUCAUUGUCGCCUAUGAGAUCAAAACCAACAGUCAACUUGAGAGGAAGAUUUUUGUCACUGCAGAUAUCACCAGUGGAAAUCAGGAGCAUGCCCCUACAAGUGAACUUUACAAAAAGCAAUGGAUUGAUGUGAAAUACAGCAUUUUCAUGACAUUUGAAAGCUCCCUUAGCUACAACAAUUUCACAUUUGGGAUGACAUUUCAGAAACCAGUCCAACAGUCAAUCAAGGUUACAAAUUAUAUCAGAACACUUAACUUUACCGUGGUGAUCAGGGUUCCAGUGAAACUUGGUGAAAAAGACAUUUGGGUGGAUUUGAGCAGCCUACAGAUUUCAGACUGUCAGAGUGGAAAUGAUGAAGAACCAGGUGCCACAGAUUUUGUUCCAAAGAUACAAAAGGAUAAAGUGGUGGACUGCUCUGUAGCCAUGUGCAGAGUGUUCAAGUGCAACACAUUCAUGGCAAGGCUGCAGAGUAGGACGUACAAAAUCUCUGCCAACCUCAGUUCAAGAUGGAUAGAGCAGAUUGGACUUCAAUCUGCCAAAUUCCUCUUGACCAGCACAGCCAGUCUGGAGUACGAUGAAACCCAGUACAUCUACUUUUCAACAGGGUCCAACAGUAAUCCUCCUGUAUACAAGAUAGAGGCAGAAGUAGACGUGUGGCCUGAGCCAGAUUUUACCAAAGAGAUCAUUGGAGGAUCCCUGGGAGGUUUGGCCUUUCUGGCUUUACUCACUGUUGGCCUGUAUAAGGCUGGAUUUUUCAAGAGUAAAUAUAAACAGAUGAUAAGUGAAAAUGCAAAAGACAGCAGCUAAUGCAGGUGCAUCCCCAGCGGAAUUACCUAAAAAGAAACAAUCAUGGUGUGUGUAAAUGUUCAUGCCACCACAUUUGAAGAAUUAUACAAAAAAACAGCUGUGUCUGAAAUCAUUCCCUCACUCACUCAUUCACUAUUAUCUAUAACAUAGGUUCCUACCUGGUGGUCAUGACCCUAAAAAUUGGGUCACAACAUAAACCUCAAAUAUCAAAGAACGUUUAUUUUUUUACAAAGUACCUUCAGAAGUGCUUCAUAGUCUUUUACAGGAUCAUACACAUUCAUCAGAAUAUGAGAAAAAAACUCAAAAUUAAGAUGUCUGAACAGAAGAACAUAAUUGUCAAUUUACUGCUUAGAUAUCACACAUUCACCCCAAGGUAAAGCAUCAUAAAUAUAUAUAAUUCAGACUCCUGGAAAAGACUAAAUGCAGUGAACUACUGGAUCGGAAUAGAGGGAUUUUGAUCCAAUCCUGUGGUAGAUCUUUUCAAAGUGGCUGUAUA